AUGGCAGAGCAAGGUACGAAUGCAGAUACAAUAGCGGAGAUAUCAACGAGAAUCAACGAAAGAAUCGGCACCAUCGGAAUAAGUCUAUCGGCAUGCAGUAUACCUGGUAAAGGGGCGAUGUUCAAGUUAGAUGACAAGGAAAUGGAAUUGGGAUUGGGCAUACAUGGUGAACGGGGAUGUGAAAGAACUGAAAUGAAAAGCGCAAAACAAAUUGCUGAAAUACUCAUGGAAAAGUUGGCAAAAAGUAGUAAAAAUUGCUUACAAAAAGGUAAAAAAGUAGCUGUCAUAUUGAAUAAUCUCGGUGGAACGUCACAAAUUGAAAUGAAUAUCAUGGCUGGUGAAAUCAUUAAUUGGUUAUGUUCGAAUGAUUAUACAAUUGCACGUUUCUAUUACGGCACUUUGAUGACGUCCUUAGAUGGACACGGAAUCAGUGUGAGCGUUCUUCGUUUAGAUGAAGAGCAGUGGAUCGAACUGCUCGGUUAG